AUGAUUCGAAAUGGCUUUGGACCUUCAAUGAUUAAGAUAUGGUUAUUUUUGCUGAUAUGGCUGCCGUGUAUCAUUGCGAAAGGUGGCCAUGCCGGUGGCGGCCAUGCUGGUGGUGGUCAUGCUGGUGGUGGCCAUGUUGGCGGUGGUCACGGUUCAGAAUCUGGUUCUGACGGUAAGAAAGGUUCUGGUGAUUCUGAGUCUACAACCGAAGUUUCUAGUUCAGACUCUGAAUCUGAAUCUAGUCCGAAUUCGAAUUCACAUUCUGGUUCGAAGCCUGGUUCAAAUUCGAAUUCGCAUCCUGAUUCGAAACCUGGUGGAAAAGCCGGUUCGAAACCUGCUGCGAGUUCCCGUGUGAAUGAGGAGGGACCUUCAGCAUCUCAACAUAAGAAAACCGCUAUUGGCCAUCAUACUAGCGCUUACGCAGUAUGCAACGGAAAUAGCAAAAGUAGUAGCUCCCAUCAACGACGCAGCACGGUACAGCAAGUACUACCUACAAUUUCCUUGAAUAGGGAUAACAAUUCCCUUUACUAUACCAACGUUUCGAUUGGUACACCAGGUCAAAAGCAACCUUUAGUUAUUGAUAUUGUUGAACCUUAUAACUGGGUAACUCAUAAUCAUUUUGAGAGCCAUGAUCCUAUUUCGAGUAAUUCUUCAGGUUCUUAUCAAUCCAAUUUAUCACGAACUUCACAGCAGGUGGAUGGAUCUCAUGUUUUCCAUCUUGAUUUUGUUGAUCUUGAUGAUAUUAACGCUACCGCUAUGAUGGAUAAAAUUAGUUUCGAAUCACUAUCAUUGAAAAACCAAAGCUCUCACACAAUUAAUAAUACACAAAAUGAUGGUUCUGGGGCACUUUACAACUCGCAUUCUUUGACUCUUUCGAACUCAUCAUUUUUUGAAAUUAACGACACAACUUCAUCUAAAGGUGUAUUAGGACUUGGUGGAAAAAUUAACGAUAAGGGUACUGAUAUUGAUAGUUCUCAAUUUGAUAGCAGCUUUUUCCUUUUGGAAAGUCUAAGAGACAAUGGUAUUAUAGAAUCGUUGUCAUAUUCACUUUGGCUUGGUGGCGAUACCAGGCCUUACUAUGAUGUGGGACGUAAUGUUCCUGAUGAAAUCAAUUGUGGUAAAUUAAUUCUUGGUGGCGUGGACCCAUACUACUAUUCUGGACCUUUGAAAAAAUUCAAUAACUUAAUUUUUUUAGAUUCCAGGACUGAUAUGCUGUCCCGCGGUUAUCCAGUUUUACCGAUGAGAACCAUCAAUGUCGUUUCAGCCACUGGUAAUAGCAUUAAUGUGACCAAUGAGAAUUUCUUAACACCUGUGUUAUUGGAUUCAAGAUAUUCGUUUAGCCAUUUACCAGCUGAAACGAUCGUUCAGAUUGCUGUGCAAGUCAAUGCAAUUUACAUGAAAGAAGUCGAUAUGUUCGUUGUAUCAUGUAAAAUUGCUGAUAUGGGAGUUAACAUUCAAUUUGAAUUUGGUGACGUUUCCAUCGAUGUGCCAUUUAAAGAUUUUCUGAUGUCAACGCAUAAUCCUGAAACGAAUUCUACAAUGAAAUUUUCCGGUGGUGAUGAAGCUUGCUUUAUGACGAUGGUUAGUAGCGAAGAGACUGGAUUCAACAUUUUAGGUACAUCUUUUCUCAGAAAUGUCUAUUUAGCGGUUGAUCAUGAUGACCAAUCCAUUGCAAUUGCUCAGGCCAGACGCAAGUACACUACCCUUAUUACCCCAGAUGGUGCUGGUACUUCAGCAACAGCAAGUAUUUCUCACUAUUUGAGCCCCUCCCUAAGCUCAACCGGAAAGGCAACACCAAUUGCAUCGGGUUACAUUCCAUAUGCUGUCUCUAGCAAUGAAACCCUAUCUAUGACACUAUCUCCAUCCCAACCCCCAGAAACUCGUAUACCAGAUCAAUUUACCGCAACUGUCUUUUCGAAUGGACUAAUUUCUACAGGUAGGUCUUUCUACAACACUUACAGAUCAACAUCAUCUUCAAGUACAGUGCCCACUGAUUUUGCCAGCUUCACAGUAACCUCAGCACAGCGUACAAGUUCUACGGGACAGCAAGGCAAUAAAGGUAGCAAUGCUUACAGACUAAAACCACCAGAGAUUGCCAACAAAUACUGGAUCUCCCAUAUCUUUUUGCUGGCAGGUAGCAUUAUGCUGGUAAUGAUAUGGUAA